AUGGUACACUCCGCCACCAUACGUCGGAAAGACGACACAGCGGAUUCCAUCCAGCCGCAACGGAAUCGUAGUGAUAGCCCGACACUUUCUGCCUUGAUCCGAAUCAACGGCAUAGACGCGUAUGCACUGUUCGAUUCAGGCAGCACUACAGACUCUUUGUCGCCCGAGUUUGCGUAUGUGGCCAAGGCUCCUAGGAUUGUGCUUGAAGAUCAAGUCACGCUCCAGUUAGGUUGCGCAGGGAGCCGAUCCAAAAUCAGCUACGGGGCAAGGGUCCCGGUAGAGAUCUGUGGGAUCCAACAGGACCACUAUUUCGAUAUCGUCAACCUGGAUAGAUACGACUGUAUCAUUGGGACGCCGUUUUUGAACGCGCAUGGAGCAGUACUGGAUUUCCAGAACCACUGCAUUCGAGUGAACGGGAAGGACUACCCCUCGUUCUCCUAUGAUGAGGACCGGCAGUACCGGACCCAACGACAGAACCGGUCUGCUACCAGGAAACCUGGAGCUCCCGCCCACAGCUGA